UCCGCCCGCCGGGACUUUCCCCCUGAAAAGGGCGGCGUGCGGGGCGCGGCGGCGCAGCAGCCGGGGCGGGAGUCGGGCCCGGCUGUUUGUCCCUCCCUCCGCCGGCAAGUGAGCUGUGCGGGGCCCGGGCGGGAGCCCCGCGGCGGCAGUGGGCCAGAGCGGCUGCGCCGAGCUGUCAGCAUGGCCGGUGGCCCUGAGCCCUACAUUGAAAUAUUUGAACAACCCAGGCAAAGGGGCAUGCGUUUCAGAUACAAAUGUGAGGGAAGAUCGGCAGGCAGCAUUCCGGGAGAACGCAGUACUGAAAACAACAAGACGUUCCCUUCCAUACAGAUUCUGAACUAUUUUGGAAAAGUCAAAAUAAGAACUACGCUGGUAACGAAGAAUGAACCCUACAAGCCACACCCUCAUGACCUGGUGGGAAAAGACUGCAGGGACGGCUACUACGAAGCGGAGUUUGGGCCAGAACGGCGAGUCCUGUCUUUUCAGAAUUUGGGCAUUCAGUGUGUGAAGAAGAAAGACUUGAAGGAAUCAAUUUCUUCACGAAUCUCAAAGAAGAUUAACCCUUUCAAUGUGCCUGAAGAACAGCUGCACAACAUCGACGAGUAUGAUCUCAAUGUCGUCCGCCUCUGCUUCCAAGCUUUCCUCCCUGACGAACAUGGCAACUACACGUUAGCUCUUCCUCCUUUGAUUUCCAACCCGAUCUAUGACAACAGAGCUCCCAACACUGCAGAACUGAGAAUUUGUCGUGUGAACAAGAACUGUGGCAGUGUAAAAGGAGGAGACGAAAUAUUUCUACUGUGUGACAAAGUUCAGAAGGAUGACAUAGAAGUCAGAUUUGUCUUGGACAACUGGGAGGCCAAAGGUUCCUUCUCACAAGCUGACGUUCACCGUCAAGUUGCAAUUGUGUUCAGAACGCCACCGUUUCUCAAAGACAUCACUGAGCCCAUCACGGUGAAGAUGCAGCUGCGAAGACCUUCAGACCAGGAAGUCAGUGAACCUAUGGAUUUCAGAUAUCUACCAGAUGAAAAGGAUCCAUAUGGCAACAAAGCAAAAAGGCAAAGAUCAACGUUGGCUUGGCAAAAGCUCAUACAGGACUGUGGAUCGAACGCGACAGAGAGGCCCAAAGUAGCUCCGUUCCCUGCUGUCACCGAAGGGAAGCUGAUUAAGAAAGAGCCAAACAUGUUUUCAUCCACACUGAUGAUGCCAGGGUUAGGCACCCUGGCCCACGCGAAUCAGAUCUACCCUGUUUGCAACCAGAUUCCCCCCCCGCCGGCGCAGGUGGGGCCAGGGAAGCAAGACACGCUGUCCGCGUGCUGGCAGCAGCUGUACAGCACCCCCCCUGCAGCCGGCGGCCUGCUCGGUGCGCACCCGCAGAACAGCUUUGGGGUGGAGGUGCCUCAGUCUGCCGUCCAGGGCGGCAGCGCGCUCCCAGCUUUCCACGACAGCUCUCUGAACUGGCCCGACGAGAAGGAUGCGGGCUUCUACCGGAAUUUCAGCAGCACAAACGGGAUGGGAGCAGUGGCGGUGUCGACGGCAGACAUGCAGAGCGUUGCCAGUAACAGCAUCGUGCAGCAGGUGCAUCCCACCACCAUCUCCGCAGCCAGCAUUGCGAACAUGGAGACCGACGACAUGACCUGCACUAGUCUAAACUUUGAAAAGUAUAAUCCAGUGUUAAACACGAGCAGUCACAGGCAGCAGCUCCAGCAGGUGCCUGCCCCUUGCCCGUCCGUAGCCGCGCCCAGCAGCGCGCCUUUUAACGCGCAGUCUAACUUAGCUGACCCGGCAGUUUACAGUUUUAUAGACCAAGAGGUUUUAAGCGAACCAAGACUAUCCGCCAACCCGAUGCCGAACCAUCAGAAUAGCAUUGCAGAUAACCAGUACUAUGACACCGACGGUGUCCACGCUGAUGAGCUCUAUCAGUCUUUCCCAUUCGAUAGCAUACUGUAAAACUAUAACCAUUGAGCCAGCAGUGCCGGGCUGGAAGCGGGUGCGUAGAGCUUUUCAGAUGGCUAGCUGUGUGAUGAAGAGGAGUAACUCACCCUUCUGGAGUCCCUGCUUUCUCUUUCAGAAUAUUGCUAUGCAAGUUUCAUGAUGUAACUUAAGGUUAUCUAUUGCAGCCCAAAGACUGGUGCCCAUAAAGGAGAGAGGUGGGAGUAGGGUUUGGGGUUCUGUACCUUGUACUUUUACACUGUUGGAAAAGGGAACUGUUAACACUUAAAUCUUGCUUACCUUUGGGGACUGUAAAAGCUGGCAUCUUCAGAAGGGUUAAAAUUUCAAAUGCUUCACAGGGUUAAAACUGUUUGGAAAAUAACUAUUUUUGCUAUGGAAAUUAACUUUAAAUUUUGAUAGGACAGAAAUUGGGGGGAAAAAACCCCCUGCACAUGGGCACUCUAGUUCAGACUCGCUAAUAUUGUUAAAGUUUUACUCAACUUACUUGAAAAGUUUAGGUUUCUUACCCUCUUUCGUAUAAAAUAGUCUUCUCCUAAAACAAGAUCAUGCAUUGAUUUUUCAUGUUUUCACCACACUCCAUUUGCUUUGAAGGCAAAUUUACUCUAAAAUUUUUUUAAUGACUAUGUCAUUGUUAGAUAUAUUUUAAAAGACCGGAAGGUUUGAGUUUUUAAAUAGUCCAGCUCUGUGGUAAAUGAAUUACUGCACAGAAGAAUGAGCAGAAAGUAAGGACUUCUCUGCACUUCAUCCAAAGUGCACUAUUUUAAAUGACAAACCCCUGUUGCUUUAGGAAUGGAGCACACUGUUAUUUCUCUGGAAGUUGGGUGUGUGUGUGUGUGUGUGUGUGUAGCUGUGAUGUGUAUGUUAUUUUGAACUGCAGAAAUACGUUGAGCCAUAGUACCUAGCUACUCUUUCCUCAGGUAUCCUGGCAGUUUCCUGCUAUGCAAGUGACUGCUCAAAAGGUGGCUCAGAUCCUGCCUCCCCACCACCCCUUCACACGAGAGCUUUGGGGCAAAGCCAAAGGCAGUCUUAGUGUAGCCUCAUCUAGAUGCACUCUGUUAUAACUUAAGGCCAUUUCAGUCAGUACUAAUUAAACACACUCCUCUAUACUCUGUAUCAGAAGCCAGAACUUCCUCCCUUCCCCUUGAUUCCCAGUCUUUAUUCUUAGCCUGAGUUGCGAGAUGUUCAGUGACAGCUUGUGUGGAUGUAACUGGCUAGGUAAGACACUCUACUCUGCCUUAUAGGGCUGUGCUAUUUUAUUAUUUUAAGAAGCAACACAGCAAGAAAUAUAUGAGUAUUUCUUAAGUUAUACAGCUGUUUUAUAUGGCAAAUAAGGCUUAAGAAUCUAAUUGUUUUACUGUUUGGCAACAUAAAACUGCUGUGGAAAGAAGAAACAAAAAAAGCAUACUGAUGUAUUAAAAAAAAAAACAAAACAAAAACCAAACAAACAAAAAACACACCCCCAAAUCAAAAAAAGCCACUUGAGAUGCCUUGUUGUGCACCAGGCAGAAAGGACCUCCACAACCCCCUCCGUGGUGUACAGGAAAGCAAUGACUCCUUACCUGCACUCACUCGUUGCGUUCAAAGCAGUAAGGUGCUGCUGCUGGAACGCAUUGCACCGAGGAUGCAGGACUGAUGGAAUAUGCUCCUUAGACAACAUGUAGAACAUACAAAGUUUGGAAAACUGCUUCCCCUAACUCCAGGUACACAACGCAGUGAAUUGACUUGCUGUGUUAUAAAGCAAGUUUUCCUCACUUCUGCAUAGCUCCUCUGCAGUCUUAAGUAACAAAGACCAAAGAAAUACAAAGAAAGCUUGAAAUGUGUUGUUUAUUCAGUUCUUUUUUUGAAGUUCUCAAAUUUAAGUAUAUUAAAUGUAAACAUUUUACUCACUUCGUAGAAAGCUCCUUAUAGUACAGUUGGUUUUUACUGUAUAAUUAAAUAUUUACAAAGUUCUGUUUUCCUUUGUAAACAAGUUGGUUUGGUAAUUAAAAAACUGGUUAUACGAAGUA